UUGGCAAUAAAGUGUGUAGCGGGGAUUGGACUGUUCUGCAUAGCAAGUUCUUUCCUGUACAAACUAGAGAGCUUAUUAGGUCUACACUACUGGAAGUUGUUUGCCAUUAGGCUAAAGCUAUAUUUGUCGUGAUUUUCUUUCUACUGGAGAUUUGCCUGAUUUAAGGGUUUCCUCGCCCCAUUUAUUGUUGGAGGCUGUUAUCUUUGGAGCUUUGUUAUUUUUGCUGUGUAGUAAUUUUUCGGACCACAUGGAGCCUUCAAACCGAUUUGAUACAACAGAGCCAUACUCUGUCCUCAACAGAAAGGAGAGGUCCAGGGAAUUGGCUCAGAAGCGCCGCACUACAUACAAAGGCCUGAUGAAGGAUCUAGCAGAUGAGCUCCCAUUCUCUAAGGACGUGGUAUCACAGGUUGAUUAUAAUUCUCGCCUCAGACUAGCUCUGUGUUUCUUUCGUAUGAAAUCCAUUGCUCCACAAAAAGAGCCUCUUUCAUCAGAAUCACAAAGUGUUAGUUACCACCGUGGUCUUGUUCAGGAUCUCAUAACAGAGUCAUUGGAUGGGUUUCUAAUGGUCACCGGUGGUGAUGGGAGUUUGAUUUUUAUUUCUGAAAGCAUCCACAAGCACCUUGGUCUCUUUCAGUCUGAGCACAUUGGCCUCUCCAUGUAUGAGAUCAUUCAUGAAGAAGACUACGAGACUGUGAAAUCAGCUCUUGAUGAUGCCAAUAAGAAAGUCAUUGAUCACCCAGGAAAAUCUGCUCCAUGCUCUUUCUUUUGUCGGAUGAAAUGCUCGAGAUUCAAAGUCUCAAAUACAGCAGCAAAAUGUCCAGGAUACAAGUUGGUAUUUGUUUCUGGCCAUUACAAAAUCACACAGAGUGAGCCCUGCCUAUUUGCUAUCGUUCGCCCUGUCUCUCCUCCUUCUAUACUGGAGAUUACUAUGGAAGGGAAUGUCUUUGUGACACACUAUAGCAUGCAGAUGAAAUGCAUAUUCUUUGAUGGGAGGCUUCAGAAUUUGAUGGGCUACGAGAAGAAAGAUCUCAUCAAUCACGUACCGUUUGAAUUUCAUCAUCAUGAAGACGUUGAAGCUAACCUUGAAUGCAGUAGAGGAUUAAUGGAGAAAGGAGAGGGUUUAAGUGGCUAUUAUCGUUACCUGACCAAGUAUGGCACGUUUGUCUGGGUCCAGUCUAGAGCCACUAUGAUGUUUGAUAGUAGGACAGGGAAACCAUCGUACAUUGUCUGCAUGAAUUAUAUCAUAAGUCGUGAGAAAGGUGAGAAGUGUCUUGAGAUGCGUAAGAGUAAAGCAGAGGCUGGCGUUCCUACCUCUCCUACUCCCAGUGUUGAGUCCUCUCGCUCUCAUGAUCCCUUUCCUGUACCGAGAGAUGAUGGUAAAUCAAUGGAUCCAUUCCAGGACCCUGAAGCAGUUGAGAGUACCAGGUCACCAUCGUCAGUUACUGAGAGCCUCACGUCCGCCCCUCCUUUAUUACGGUCUGUAUCCCCCGAGUCUCUACAGUCAUCAAGUCCUACUCCUCCCUUAUCUAAUGCUAGUGAUAAGUCUAGCAGCGUUCUUUCGAUCAGUGACAGAGGGUACGAUGUAAUGUCGACGACUCGUGAUUCUGUUACCACACCAACGGCAGUUUCCCCCACUCCCUCUUUUGCUGAAUCAGGCAUCACUACAGACUAUGGUACGUAUAGUCCUCAGAUAUCUGAGGAAGGUUUUAUUAAACACGAGCUCUUGUCGCCAACGUUCACAAAGUCUCCUCCUAGCCUUGUUUCUUUGCUGUCCUCGGAGCCUUUUGAUAACGUGAAACUGUUUCAGCACAGCCCAUCAGCUAUCCCUGAUGUCUCCCCUAUCAGUUCGGGAUAUUCAGGGCAGAGUCAAAUUCCCUCGGACAAAAUGUCUAGCUCUUUUUUGAGUCGCCCCGGACAGAUGAUGCAAAGUCAAGGACAAAAUGUGAUGAUGUCUAGACACCCUCUUCCUUCCUUCCCUCCUCCUCCUCCUCCUCAUGCAGCAGCCGGUCUUCAGUAUGGUUCAAUGAGCGGCAAUUACCGUCAUCAGCAAGUACCGUUUAAUUUUACUGCUACAAUGGUACAGCAAGCACCAUCUCAUCUCAACAUGUCUGGGCCUUAUGUUACUGCAGCAAUCCCUCACCAUUAUCCCUCUCCUGUUCCUUCAGCUAUCCCCAUUGGGGUUGGUAAUGGAUUCUCUCUACCUGUACUGAGAGCUGAGGAUGUUCAGUUUUUGAAUUUAACUUCUGACUCUUACAUUUAACUAUUGUAGAUACGCACACUAUAAUAAUUAUUGAUCAUUUUUUGAACCUGUCUUUUUUUCUUUGUGUAAAAAGUGUAUUUCCUUGUCUUGCCCUGUUAUCCAAUGUCCAGUUAUUUUUAUAAUGCAUCGUUAUUAAAAAUCGUUUAUUGUUUAAAAACA